AGCAGCAGCCGAGGCCGGGCGUGCGCCCGAGGCGCGGCGGCGGCGGGCGGCCCUGCGGGAGGCCGGGAGGGGCGGGGGCAGAGGCCGCCGCCGUUUGAUGGAUCCGAGGAUCGCCUGGUUCCAGCCAGAGCAGCUCGGACCGUCCAACAGUCUGUGGAUGCAGAUCUGGGAGACGACCCAGGGGCUGCGGAACCUCUACUUCAACCACCACUGUCACAGCAGCGGCGGCGCGAGCGGCGGCGGCGGCAGCACGGCCACCGGCGGCAGCGGCAGCGGUAGCGGCAGCCCCGGCGGCGCGGCCCCGGCCCCGGCCAGCAUGUACCGCUCCGGGGAGCGCCUGCUGGGCGGCCCCGCGGAGCAGCGGGACUUCCUGCCCCUGGAGACGAACAACAACAACAACCACCACCAGCCCGCGGCCUGGGCCCGCCGGGCAGCCGCGGGUCCCUCGGCGUCCCCGGCCCCGUCGCCGUCCCCGGCCCCGUCCUCGGCCGCUGUCCCCGCCGCAGAGUCCACCGACCCGGCCUCGGGCAGCAGCAACAAGAGGAAGCGCGACAACAAGGCCAGCACCUACGGACUCAACUACAGCCUGCUGCAGCCCAGCGGAGCGCGGCCCGCGGGGGGCGGCCGGGCCGACGGCGGCGGGGGCGUGUACAGCGGGACCCCCUGGAAGCGGAGGAACUACAACCAGGGAGUCGUGGGCCUGCACGAAGAGAUCAGUGACUUCUACGAAUACAUGUCGCCGAGGCCGGAGGAGGAGAAGAUGCGGAUGGAGGUGGUGAACAGGAUCGAGAGCGUCAUUAAGGAGCUCUGGCCCAGCGCUGACGUCCAGAUAUUUGGGAGUUUCAAAACCGGCCUAUAUUUACCCACCAGUGACAUCGACCUCGUGGUGUUUGGCAAGUGGGAGAACCUGCCCCUCUGGACCCUGGAGGAAGCUCUCCGGAAGCACAAGGUCGCAGACGAGGAUUCGGUGAAAGUCCUGGACAAAGCCACCGUGCCCAUUAUUAAGUUAACAGAUUCCUUCACGGAAGUGAAGGUGGACAUCAGCUUUAACGUGCAGAAUGGCGUGCGGGCGGCGGACCUCAUCAAAGACUUCACCAAGAAGUACCCCGUGCUGCCCUACCUGGUCCUCGUGCUGAAGCAGUUCCUCCUGCAGCGGGACCUGAACGAGGUCUUCACCGGGGGCAUCGGCUCCUACAGCCUCUUCCUCAUGGCCGUCAGCUUCCUCCAGUUGCAUCCCAGGGAAGAUGCUUGCAUCCCCAAUACAAACUAUGGUGUUCUCUUAAUAGAGUUUUUUGAAUUAUAUGGACGGCACUUCAAUUAUUUAAAGACUGGCAUCCGGAUAAAGGAUGGUGGUUCAUAUGUGGCCAAAGACGAAGUUCAGAAGAACAUGCUGGAUGGCUACAGGCCGUCGAUGCUCUACAUCGAGGACCCGUUACAGCCAGGCAACGACGUCGGGAGGAGCUCGUACGGGGCCAUGCAGGUGAAGCAGGCCUUCGACUACGCCUACGUGGUCCUGAGCCACGCCGUGUCGCCCAUCGCCAAGCACUACCCCAACAACGAGACGGAGAGCAUAUUGGGCAGGAUCAUCAGGGUGACGGACGAGGUCGCCACGUACCGGGACUGGAUCUCCAAGCAGUGGGGCCGGCAGAGCAGGCCCGAGCCCGCGUGCAACGGACACGGUGUCACCCUGAUGGUGGGGCCCCCGCCGUCGGAGAAAUGUGCCAGGAGCCUGUCUGGCGAGAACGACGCCCUGGGGAAGUGCAGGAGUAAGACCGCGGAGCCGCUCAGCAAACACUCCUCCAACUCCUCGUCCGGCCCCGUGUCCUCGUCGUCCGCCACGCAGUCCAGCUCCAGCGACGUCGACUCGGACGCGACGCCGUGCAAAACCCCGAAGCAGCUGCUCUGCCGUCCGUCCGCCGGGAGCCGCGUGGGGUCUCAGGAGGUGACCGUGGAGUCCUCGCCGGCAGGCGGGAAGGUGCAGAGCGCCCCGGCCCCCGCCACGCCCAGCAGCGCCAGCAAGUCCCAGCACGGACCCGCCCGGCUCUUCCGAUCUUCCAGCAAAGGCUUCCAAGGUACCGCUCCCAGCAGCCACGGUGUCCUGGUGGCAAACAAGCCGCAUCCCGGCAAACCCACUAACCAGUGUUUCCACGGCAAGCGGCGGAAGCACAAGAGGGACGCCCCGCUCGCCGACCUCUGUAGGUAGUCGGCGUGGGCCACGGACGCCUGCUGUGCAGUGACCUCCCGCCCGACAGCGGCCCGGGGCCUCCUGGGACCCGGUCAGGAGCCUGGCGCUGUCCACGUGUUGAUUUAGCAACUGUGUUUUCCCCAGCUCGCCACGGAAUGGAUCAUGAAGACUGACAGCGGCAAAAGCAAAAAGCACGCCGAAAGGGGGGAAAGGCUGCUCGCUUGAUAAGUCAUAGGCUACAACAGGGUCACUUCAGAGUCAGAGCUUGAAUCGCUGCCUUCUGUGCUAAGAAGCGCGGACUCCUGGGAGGUGCUGGAGGUUUGAAUCGCUAGGCGCUUACCGGAAAAACAGAUUUGGUACAAACGAUUCGUGAGAUCCCGACGUUUCCUGAGGCCCGUCACCGCACCGUUGUCAGGACUAUGGCCGGGUCGCAUCCAGGAAGCUUUUUUUUUUUUUUUUAAGCUGACGACGAUGUCUUCAAAGAUGCCAUUGUUUGCCUUGAGAGUUUUAUAAAUCGCAUUUCUACGCACCGCUGUCCCCCGUGCUCGCCCGGCUCCCGCCGCGUCACCCGCGCUUCAAUAAAGGCUUCCGCUCCUUCC